UACUUUCAAAACGCUUCCGCCUGAACACGCACUGUUUGGUUUGCGUACUUUAUUUGCUGAAGCUCUAACCUAGUUACCAGCUCUCCAACAUGAGCUACAAGAUUCACUACUUCAACGCCCCAGGGCGUGCUGAGGUUGCACGCCUGUGCCUCACUUUUGGUGGCAUCCCUUAUGAGGAUGUCCACUACACGGGAGAGACGUUUCCAGAGGCGAAGCCGAAGAUGCCUUUCGGCCAGGUCCCAGUCCUAGAGCUACCCGACGGCAGGAUGCUCGCUCAGAGCGGUGCCAUCGACCGCUACGUGGCCAAGCUGGCGGGUCUGUAUCCCCAGGACCCGCUGCAGGCCGCGUUCGCUGACCAGGCGGUGUUCCUGGCCAACGAGUUCCUGGAGCUGCUGGUGACCACCAUGUACCUGCCCACCACGGAGGCCAAGGUGUCGGCACGUCAGGAGCUGCUGGCGGGCAAGGGAGGGGAGAAGCUGCGCCUGCUGAACAAGCUGCUGGAGCCGGUUGCCUCCGGCCCCGCCUUCAUCGCCGGCGAGCAGCUCUGCUUCGCCGACCUGACCAUCUUCACCAUGCUCAGCGGCCUCAUCAACGGCUUCCUCGAUGGCAUUCCCACCACCCUGCUGGAGAACUACCCCGCUCUGAAGGCCUUCCGCAACAAGGUCGCCAGCGAGCCGCGCGUGAAGGCGCACUACGAGAAGCACAGCGAGGGGCGCGCAACCUUCAAGCCCGACGCUUGAUGUGCGAGCAGCUUGAGCUUGGUGUUUGAGGGUGAUAUUAGCAGUGGGGGAAGGAAAAAAGGGGAAUCGUGGGGCGGAUUUUGCUACCGCACGGCAAAGUGGAGAGCUUGAACGCGAGGUUCGCGAUACACGCCCUGUUUUGAUUGGAAAGUCGGGGUACCGUACUUUUAUCCAAGCGCGCGCGCGUUCAGGGCUUAGUGCAGUUGUAGCCAUAGGAAUAGUAAUAGUUUGAUUUGCGGGUGCUGGAGUAGCACAUUGCGUGCCUUGCGAAUGGGUAUUAUACCGUAUGAGCACUCGUUUGUUGGUGUUGCGAGUGCGAUGAAGCGUGCAGGCGGCUGUGUUGGCAGCGGGUUGCCACACAUGCGGAUGCGGAUGCGGGGGGGUACAUGCGGGCGGGAUGUUGCGUACGAGAACCGGAUGUGCUCGGGACAAUUGUACAUAACCUGGAAUACCGGUAUGUCCCAAUAUCGGCAUUUGCGUAUACUACCUGCGUCCUGCGAAACAUGUAACACUCUGGGCAGUG